AUGUCGAUGACGAUCCGCGCCGAUGACGUGUACCUCCAAUACUCCAAGGAUCAAGAUCCCAAGAAGCUUUUUGAAAAGGCUUCUAGCUGGUUUUCAACGCUCCAGAACACGAGCUUGAACAGCACGCAGACAGAUCUCGUACUCAAAGAGACGCACGACGCGAUCAUUCGUGCCAUAUUCGGAUCAAACAUGAUCGAGAGAGCUGGUCUUGGAUGGGACAUCACUGUUCAUCUCUGUCGCAAGAUACUUGCCGGCGAAGAUGUUAAGGACAUCCCCGAGCGUUCAAUCGAGUACCAAAGCGAACUUCUUGAAAUGUACAGCAAACAAAGCAACCUCAAGGGUAUGCCUGCUCAGUACAUCCUCCGAGGCCGCCGCGAAAUCAUCCAGCAUGCGCGCGCUUUCCAAUACAUCAUCCACACCUUCGUCGUUGAGCAACAAGAUCUUACCGAGGAAGUCAUUAAGGAAACACAUCGUAUCCUUACCAAAGGAGUACCUAUCGUCCAAGAGGGAUUUCCAGAUAUUCCUGCAGAAGAUUACAGUGGCAUCUAUCGCAAAGUCCAUGUCGGUGCGGGCUCGACUAUGUUUACUGUUCCCCAAUUCAUUCCAGCCAAAAUGAGAGAGCUAUGCGACAACCUCAAGGCAGAGCUGGAGGAAGCAAAGGAACGGAACUGCAUUGAUCCAUUCUCAAUCGCGUCCAAGUACUCAAUGGAGUUUGUGCAAAUCCAUCCAUUCCAAGAUGGAAAUGGACGAACCUGUCGCAUGAUACUCAACGCCAUCCUCUGCCGUUAUGCAGGUAUCGUCAUCCCGAUUGGAGAACAAGGAGAGGAAAGGGAGGAGUAUAUCAAUAUCAAGAAGCGGGCAAGCGAGACAAUGGAUGGACAUGGGGAAUACGCUACAUUUGUGCUUGCGCGAGCUGUCACUCGCCUUCGAGGACUCAAGAAGAAGCUAGCGGGCAAGGCUAAAUAA